CAAUUCCCAAAGGUUAUCAAGAGACAUUCUCACUUUCUUUAAAUUUUAUUGUCCCAUCUUAUAAAAUACAUUGUUUUAUACAAUCUAUAAACUAUAUUAAAUAAUAAUAAGUAAUUUCCUUGAAACUAUCGAAAAAAUAGAACUAUAAAAAAAGUCGAAUAUUUUGUGUAUUUGCCUUCCGAUUAAUUACACUGUAACCUACAUAUGUACGCAUGUACAGCCAAUAUGCAUGUGUAUGUCAAUUAAAUAAAUGAAGAAUAGAGCACAUUCAUCUUCCACUUAAGGUCAAUUGUGUCCAGACAGAUUAUAUAAUAUUCCAUUGAGCUUUUGACGCCAAUAUCAACAGCAUCGGCAUUUUAUCAUGAACUUUGAAGGUAAAGUAGUGCUAAUCACGGGAGCCAGUUCCGGUAUCGGGGCCGCCGCUGCAGUAAAAUUCGCCGAAUUGGGAGCGCAACUAAUUCUUAACGGGCGUAAUGAAGAAAAUUUAAAGGCCGUUGCAGAACAAUGCUCUUCCGUUGGUAAGAAACCACAUUUGGUGAUUGGAGACAUAUCAAAGGAAGCUGACGCGGAACGACUUUGGCAGGAAACUUUGGAGAAAUAUAACAAAUUGGACGUGUUGGUUAAUAAUGCUGGCAUACUUGAAAUAGGCAGUAUUGAAAAUACCAGCCUGGAACAAUAUGAUCGUGUGAUGAACACCAAUUUACGUGCUGUGUAUCACCUGACAAUGUUAGCUGUGCCGGAAUUGGUAAUGUCAAAAGGGAAUAUUGUUAACGUAUCAAGUGUGAAUGGCAUACGUUCAUUCCCUGGUGUACUAGCAUACAAUAUCUCUAAAAUGGGUCUAGACCAAUUCACUCGUUGUAUUGCUCUGGAGCUUGCUCCAAAAGGUGUUCGGGCCAACUGUGUUAAUCCUGGUGUAAUCGUAACAAAUAUACACAAACGCGGCGGUAUGGAUGAAGAGACAUACCAAAAGUUUUUGGAACAUUCAAAAACUACACACGCCCUUGGACGGCCUGGUACCGUAGAAGAGGUAGCAAAUGCAAUUACAUUUUUAGCCAGUGACUUGGCCACUUUUACAACUGGCACCAGUUUGUCAGUAGAUGGAGGACGUCAUGCUAUGUGUCCACGAUAAGAAUAUAUGUAUGUACAUCAGAUGUUGAGAAAUUUGUUAAUGUAUUUGUUUUAAUUUGUACGAAAUUUAUUUAUGUACAUAUGUUUAAAUGAAAUGUAAUUCAAUAUGUUCAUAACAUUUUAUAAAUUUUAAAUUGAAUUCAAACGUGUUAA